GCCCCAUUGUUUGGAAGAGUGGUCGAAGUUGGAACGGAAUCAUUGAAGAUCACCACUUUAGACAGCCAUCUGACUGGCUGAAUACUGGUACGGAGACAAUUCAAUCAAUCGUGGUUUGACAGACACAAGCAAGAUGAAACGGUUCAACACGGACCGCAUCCGGCAGAGAAUGAGAGAACAAAACGAGAGAUUCCCCUCCUCUAAGGGAAAGCUUCUCUCGUCGGCGCCUGUCAGAAUCUCGGUGUCACCGCAAAGCGAUAAGGAAAACAUAAUUCCUAGCAUUAACAAUCGCUCAAAAACCAACAUUUCCAAUGUGCCCAUAAACAGUGCAGAGAAUGACAACAUUAAGCCAAGAAAGUUCCCCCAACUGUCUAUAUCUGUUACCAUGUCUGAAGGUGAUGAAGAUCAAGGCAUCCCCACCACUGAUGUUGUUCAAAACGAGACUUCAAGGGUCAGCGACGACGGAGAUGACAGUACUGUUCCUUCAGUCUGGGCCAUGAUGGAACAUUAUCAAAGUCCAUCCAAGGACAGAGACAGCAGGAGUGACGAAGUAGCCUCCUCCAAGAAAUCACUCGCAAUCGUAGAAGAUGAUUGCGAAAGACCUUCGACGAAAGGACGAAGUCCAAACUCUGUCGGAUCGUCUUUGUGCUCAGUUGGUACACACAAGACUCCAUUUCAAAAGAAUGACAAUGAGAACUAUGUGAAACCAAAGAUGUUACCCGAAGCGAUAGAUGCCUUGGAGCAGAAGGAUGCCAUCAAAGUUCCGAGUAAGAUUCAUUGGUUACAGGAUGAUGGGGAGCUCGUUCAGAGCUCUUUCUAUUCACAGGGAGAAGUAUCAGAUAUCGCACAUUUGGAUGAAAUUGAGACGUCGAACAAUGAUCUCUCUACCGUAGAUGAGGAAGAUCAGGGCGAAAUUUUCCGACCGGACACCGCAGCAUCUUCAGUUGAACAAGCCGUUUCAACUUCCACUAUAAAUUUCGAAAAUCUAAGAAAUCGAACGAUUCAGCCAACACCAGCUCGCGUUCGACAAGAAUGGGUUGCUUCGGAAGACGACGAAGAUCUCUCGUCUCAUCCCGGAUCUCUUCUUCAGGAAUCGAUGAUUCACUCUCUUCAUUUGUCGUUGCAUGGGGAUUCUCGUGGGGCCGCUGAGAAACCAUCCCACGUUCCCUUCCUUCACGUUCAGACUGACGACAUAUCUCAACAUUCUAUUUCUUCCCCUAAAGAAUCAACCUCCGAGUCCAACGUGAAAUGCAUCGAAUCUUCUGGAGCACCAACUGCUUCAGGUAGUGAUCAAGAAAGAGACAAAUCGCAGGUGCCAGAAGAAAACACUGCCUACCUUGAUCGACUCGGAGAACUUGAGUCGAGUCUCAGAAUGCGACAAAACAACACUGAUGAGGUCCAGGGCCGACUGAGAGAACGAGUUUUAGAACUCGAGCAGGCUCUCAAGUUGACAGUAGCCACUCCCAGAGGAACCAUCGUCGAUGAAAAUCCUCUCAAGACUUUGUUGGACCGAAAUCAGACUCUUGUAAAGGAAGUGCGUUUCGCAGAUCAAACUUGCGUCGAAUUAUCCUCAAAAUUAUCCGAACUUCAGACGCUUAACGGUAGACUAAAAAAACAAGUUGUCGCGCUAGAGCAGGAAAAGGAAGAACUCCAGAACCAAGUUGGCACAAAGGAAGAGACUAGAUCGAAACAACUUUUGGAGAAAGAUCAGACGAUUGAAAGGUUGAAAGAGGAUCUUGCAAUGGCCAACAAAAAGCUUGCAGCGAAAACGCUUGAUGAAAAAAAUACUCAAGCUGUUAUGAAAAAAGCAUUUGAAAGUCUGGGUUUGAGCGAUGACGCUCUUGGUUAUUCCAUCGCGUCCUCUAUCGUUUCCGAACAAGACAGCAUUGCCCAAGACCAUUCUCUGUGCAGACAAACUCUGGAGCAACAAGUUGAAGUAAUGUUAGAAUGCGCUAAGAAGGGUCAGCAAGUUCAACAAAUGGCACAAAAAUCAGAUGAACUUCGAGCUGAAAAUGAUGCUUUGAAAUCCGAAUUGAACCAGCUUAGGGCUCGCAAAGCAUCAGGUGCUAUCACUCCGAUGGACAAUUCAAACGAAAUGCUACAAACCACGAGAGAAAAUGAGUUUCUAGGACGACAACUGGGUAUUGUCCAAGAGCGACUUGACCAGACACAAAGUAAGCUCAGAGAUGAGUGUCACAGAUCGGAAUCAUUAAAAGUGCAUCUCGUAAGGAGUAUGGAUACCUAUGAAGGACUUAUCGAACCGUUCGAACGACGUCUUAUCGAAGCCACAAAGUUUAGCCAUAAGUUUGAAGGUAUCGGCAAUGUUGAUGAAGACUUGCUCUCCCUUGAGAAGGAGUUUGGUCAAAUCAAAGUCAGCAUCUCUCUAAUGAAGCGCGAAUCCGAACUUUUUUUGACAACCUCUACAUCAAACUUUGAAACAAUUUCUGAUCUCGAUCAGAAUAAACAAAUCGUGACAAUGGCCAAAGCUACUUUUUCUCGUUUGGGACAACAUUACAAGCAGCUUGAAAUCGAUGUUGAGAAAAUGGUGGAGGGUUUCUCCGAUAGAUUGGACUGUCUUUCAGAGACAGUCUCACACCUCAGAUCGUCCUUGCUUUUCGAAAAAGAAUCUGUUUCUUCUUGUGAAUCAAACACCGCAGCUGAGAUGGAGCGUGAUGUGAUACAAAAUCAUCUGCAACAGGGUACAACUAUUGACGUGAUAAAAAGUACCAUACCGACUCCAAAAAGUCGUAUAAGCGAUGAAGAUGAGAUGUACACUCUGAUGGAGGAAGCUAGAAUUCCUCGUACGGAUGAAAUCUCGAUCAGUUCUGAUCUGGAUGAUAUUUCGAGACUACUUCACGAUGAUAUGACGCUUGAAUCAAUUGUCCGAACUGGAUCUGUUUUCACUUCUACAUCAAACAUGGAUAUGUUCAAAGAUUCCCUUGAAACAGCAAUGAAUGAGUGCAAGCGAGUCAAGGAGCGUUCAAUUAAGUUAAAGGAGCAAAUUGAAUCUCAGAAUGAUACUAUUCAAAAACUCGAGCAGGAAAAUGGGAAGUUAUCGCUUGCUAUUUCUAGAAGAAACGAAGAAUACUGUCUUGUGGAGAAAGCACUUCAAGAGGCGAAGGAAGAGAUUGAGGGACUGCGAUGUACAGUAGCAUCAAUUCAAAGCGACAAUGAGGCUCAUUGCCUACAGAUGAAUGAGCAGAAACGGGAGAGCACCGUUAUCGUGGAAGAAAAUGAUCGUUUGAUGAAGUCCGUAGUACAAAUUCAAAAACAGAAAGAAACGUUCGAGGCCAGAAUCAACGAAUGUGAGAAGUCGCUUGCACUGACGAAGGCGGAACUAGAAUGUGCUACAAGCUCAUGUGAUGAGUACAAAGAACGUUUUGAAGACUUGCAGGCGCACUUUUCUACGAAAAUCUACAAGGUGACCGAGCAGAAAGAACUUGAAUCAGCUGAAACUCGUAGAGCUUUGCAGGUGGCCCUACAUGAAUCAUGCGAACUCAAACGUCUUCAUCACGAAGCUGUUACCAAACUUUCAAAGGAAGUUGAAUCUAAACUGAGGCUUGAGGCGUUAGUUAAUGAACUACAAAACUACAAGAUGCAAGUCCAAUCUGACUUGGAGGAUAGAACUUUAGAAUCUCAGUUUGCAUACGAAGAUAUGCGAAAGGAACGGGCCGAGCUGAAAUCCAAACUUUCCCAGAGUGAGAAGGAAGCCACCUCGCUGAAGGAAUUAUACGCCAAUUUAAAGGGCAGAAUGCAAAUGCAAAUAGAAGAGAGUAGCAGAAAAAUCCAAGAAAUCGAAACGCAGAAAUCAAGCUUGUUAUCAAAUAUACACAAAAUGACCGACAAGCGAAUCGCUUUCCAUGGACUAAUUGCAGAUUUACAGUGCUGUAAAGAUUUGAAGGAAUAUUUUAUUUCAAAAGAGAACAACUCUGUGUCGCUGAAUAAAUUCGAGUCGGCAAUGAAUGAAAUUGAUUGUUGGAAUAGCAUCAUCCCAUUGAUUACUGAUGAGAUCGAGUCAAUGCAUCACACUUCUAAAAGAAUCCCCGACCUUAAAGAUGAAAUCGAGCAACUCAACGACAAUUUAUCGAAAUACGAAAUUAGACAAACGGAUCAGAUGAAGCACGCAAAAGAUCAAUCAACCCAAAAUGAAAAACUUUUUGAUCUGUUACGUCAGGCUGAAGAAGAAAUGGAACGGUCCAGCCUGCAGAUCCAAGAAAUGUCUGAAGCGAUGGUGGCCAUGCAGCAGCGUGAGUAUGAGGCGAAUCAUAAAUUCAAGGUGAUGGAAUCAGAACUCUGUCAGCUCAAGACCCAAUCGAAAACGAGUGCAAUUGAAAAUAAUGAAGAAUUCGCGAAAAUGAAAUCGUUGCUUCUUGAUACGUCAGCAACAUUGGAAAAGAAAGAUUCACAAAUGAUGGAAAUGAAUUCUCAAAUGAAUAAUCUGAAGUCCGAGGUCAACGAAGUUACAGCACUUUUGCGAUCCAAGGACGCCGAAGAACAUUCUCUUCGGGUAAAUAUAGAAUCUUGCGAAAAGAAAAAUGCUCGUCUGCGUGAAUACAUUCGAAAACUUACCAAUAAGUGUGAAGAGUGGGAGGGAAGCUACGAUCGUCAAUCAAGAGCAAUUGAAAGGUUGCAGGAGAAGAAUACACGUAUCAAGGAAAAAGCAUGUGACAUAGCAGGUCGCUACAGAGCGUUAGUAGCAGAUGUUAAUCGAAGGAAAAAGAUGCACAAACACGAUCGCGAGAAAUGGAGUAACGAGCGAUCGAAUUUGACCAAUGUUCAUGCUGCUCUUGAGCAAGAGCUCGAGCAGAUUGCAAAGGAAUUGGCAUAAUUGACAUCAGGGUGGCCCAAUAUAGUUGAGUAAAAAAAUGGCCAAGGCUACUUAAACUUUGUUCGUUGUAAUUAUAUGAAAGGGGUAUUGACAUAAUUGUACAGAAAUUGAUAGUUUAUAGUCUGAUUGAUUUGUAGCAGAUAAGUGGAUAGCUCCAAACGAACUCAAAGGAGUGACAUCUGAUUGAUUAUUAUAAGGGCCCAAAGAUGGAAAAGUUACUGUAAUCAAUAUUAUACGCAUUC